CUUGUUGACGGACACGUAUUCUGAUGAGCCGAUUGAUCCGGCCCACCAGCGAAGUGGACAGUCCACCUCACGGUUUCGUUUCGUCCGAUUGUCGGCCGUUAGAAUGAAAUGUCCCUUUUGAAGUGCGAUCUCCGCCUUAACAUCAGAGUGAAGAAUAUUUGGAAUCAUUAAUUCGUUUAUAUCCAAUUAAUAGAAUUCUUAAAAUUUAACUUUAAAGAAUUUUCUUUGUGAGCGGUCAAGGACCCGUUGAGGAAAAGAAAAUGUUAUGACCAGAAGUUUUGUUCGCUAAUCGGAAUUUUCCUGAAAUGCAAAUCUAGAAAUCGGAACCGAAGAGUUUUCUUUUCCAGAUCUAGUAAAGAACUGCAUUGUAGGAUGGAACGUAAUAUUCGAGAUGUCAGAGAUAUAUUCGGCUGUAGUGGCAGUGAUAAACAAGAACUGAGGUCAUAUGACUAUUCACCUCGGAGCCGUCGUCGGCAUGAAGCCAUGGACAGCUAUGACAGCCGCAUCACACCCCAUAAUAAUCUUCAAAAUUCUGAGAACAGAUCAAAUAUGGCCACUAACAACACUAAAAAGAGCAGCCGUCAUCGCGCAGACGAUUUUCUAGAACCAGUUCGGGCGAGUAAGAAAUCGGAUGAGAAUCAAAAGAGUUCCAGUUCCAAAAAUAACAAAGAUGCCGCCUACUACGCAAAUCGGACUCUGACAGAAAGAGACAUUCGACACCUGGAACGCCAUUUAUCGAUGAAAAAGACGAUUCGCAAGCAGAUAAGUCGGAAUUUGACGCAAGCCUUUGUGGAUGAUCCUGAAUUGGUUUUGACGGAUACUACUAAUCCUACGACUAAGAGCAGCAACAAAGUUUCUUCGGAUCGCACGUUUACAUUAACCAGAGCAAAAGUAUCGAAAUCGGAACAGAAUGUUUUGGAUCUUCUAAAAGACAAUGAACCAGAUUCUGGUCAUUGCAGUGCUGAUAAUCCGAACAGUUCCGAUGAUGAUUCCCAUCAAGAACAAAUAAGAGAACGCCACGUUGUAAAGUCUGACAAGAAUAAUAGUAAAGCUGUGCAUGAGAAUAGAAAUAAAGCAGAAUCGAAUUACAAGGACGACGGGAAAUUUUCAUUCUGGAAAAUGUUCUCUGUUAAGAACAGAAGCAAACGAUAAAUUUUCGUUGCCAUCUUUUCGUCAUAUAUGAUGUGCUGCAGAAUUGCAUAUAGCAGUGCUUAAACAGAGUUACUAAACUUGGUUGAAAUAUCUAGUACACAGUUAAAUUUAAAAGAGAAUGAACUAUCACGAUAAAUUUUUAAAAUACUAUCUUUAUUGAGAAGAUAGUAUGUUGAAAAUUAUUUAACAAAUAAAAGAGAAAAAAAAUAUUUUUCAAACAGAAGUUAGGCAACUGGCAACUUCAUUUACGGCGGUGAACAGUGUGGCCAAUAUUUUUUUCUUUGCUGACGAUAUUUUACGAAAAUCUGAUAUCGUACUAGAAUUUCGCCCUGAACUUUUAUUAUCUGUGAUAAUCUUUUCGAAUGGUUUGUGGUUAUUGCUAAUCAAGGUAAAAUUAAUAAUUUAUUAUACGUUUUUGCUAAUGUUUAAGGAAAGAUGAUAGAAAAAAAAAUAAUGUGAAGGAAUAUUAGCAGUUUGAAUAGAUUUUAUAUUGAUGAUAUUUUGUGCUAAUUAAUCUGGUUUAUGUUUUCUAUAUAUGAGAUUCAUUUCCAACAUAUUUUAGACAUGAAAUUUUUAGGAGAUAUUUUGUUGUGUGUAGAGAAAUAAAAAAA